AGCCACAUGCUGGCCGAUACAUUAUAGCGUCUGAUGAUGCUGUGCGCGCGCACAGGUUUCAACAAGUUAUUGCUCUCCUCUCCUUGUGACGAACACAGAGAGACUUGCGACAUGCAUCAAGGGACCAUCGAGAAGAACUGAUUCCUUGACGAGACGCCAAGACCACAGUGCCGAGAAGAAUGGUCGACAGGCGGAGCAAGGUGCCCGAACAGAAUGUCCCAACCAAGCUACUUCAGCUGUCAGAAAAUGAGCAUGUGUUCAGCCUUAUUGGGCACAGGCGCACGACCCUCGCCAGUACCGUGGUGCAGCUCCUCUAUGGCGUGAAUGGAAGGUGGGACAAGCAAUGCUGCGGAGUGGUCUGUUUUGUGAAGGACAACAGCAAGCGCAGCUUUUUCAUCACCAUUUACGACAUCUGUAUGGAAAACUGCAAGCUGUGGGAACAAGAACUAUACACAGAGUUUGCAUAUUAUGCACCAAAGGCAGACUUUCACACAUUCAUUGGAGAUAAAUGCCAAGUUGGACUAAACUUCGCUGACGUAGAGGAAGCACGUUUCUUUUACAACUCUGUGCAGGCGAAACUGAACAAGCAGAAAAAACGACAAAACAAGUCGGCGGCAGGGUUGACCGUGCAGCCAUCGAUGCACGAGGUGCAUCCGGUUCCCCUCCCAAUCAUGAAGGUGCCCAAUGCUCCGGCUCUUGCCAAGACUCGCAAUCAGAAGACUAAGAGCAAGACACCACUCACCAAAGAUCAGAUUGGAGAACCAUCCCAUUUCAAGCACAUUGGACACGUUGGUUGGGAUCCUAAUUGUGGCUUCACAGCUGAGAAUGUGGACCCAAACCUUAAACAGCUGUUUUCCAUGGCUGGCAUAGAUGAUUCACAUCUUCAGGACAAGCGACUCACAAGAAAAAUAUCAAAAAUUAUUAAAGACUAUGGAGGAAUGGAGGGCAUAAAACAGGAAAUACAACAAGUUCCAAAGCAACCAGCCCAGAAAGUACCUGGUCCAUGGAAACCACCUGAGAAGCAGCUCGCUCCCUCUAUGGCACCCAAAGACCAUAGAGAACGUUCACCUGGCAGAGGCCCUCCACCCCCACCACCUCAAAGGUCUCAAAACCAUGGCAGGCUGGCACCACCACCACCACCACCAACAUCUACCCAGCGAUCUGGAGGCCCUCCACCACCGCCGCCACCACCACCGCCACCACCACCGCCGCCGCCGCCGCCACCACCAUCUGCCCAGAAAGUGGGGGGCCCACGGCCACCACCGGCGCUUGCAGACCACCAAGACGGCUCUGGCCGGGGUGCUCUUUUAUCCCAGAUCCAUUCUGGAGUCAAGCUGAGGGAGGUGACGCCUGGCAGUCACCCAGCAUCUGAGCGGAAUUCCCUUCUGGAGGAGAUCCGCCAGGGCACGGCACUCAAGCCAGUGUCCGACUCACAAGGUCCCCCUGUGGGCUCUUCUGCUCCGUUGGGUCUUGUUGAUGCCUUGAUGAAUGCGGUGAAGAAAAGGGGCAAGUCUCUUUACUCUUCAGAUGAAGAUGAUGAUGAAGAUGACGACGACGAUGACGAUGAUGAAGAAUGGAAUUAGUGGCCUUGCAAGCUUGCCGACAAUGAAUUGGCGCACAGCUGUGCAGUAGUUUUAUUUCCACAGGUUCAUUCACACUUUUUAAAAAUUAGAUAUGGAAUUCACUGCGCAUGGAGUCGUGUAUGAACUGACCCGCUAUUUUUGACAUUUCUAUCGAUAUUAAAGUUAUUGUGUACUUGUGAAAUAUGUUUGUGGUAUGCAAUGCUUUACUGUACUCUAAACUAUGGUUUACAGAAGCACAAUAAAGUGACUCUUGUGAC